AUGCAUCGCCAACGUCCCAUAGCUUGUCUCUUCAGCCACCUCUCAAGGCCCCUCACCAAGCCCGUGCCCCAGCAUAGCACGCACCUAAGGUCCCUCGGCUCCACAUCAGCGCGGAUGGCCUCCUCAUCGCGCAAGCAGAACUCGCUCCCGGCGGCCUACUACCGCGGCGGGACGUCCAGGGCAGUCUUCUUCAAGCAGGAGGACCUGCCCAGGAGCAGGGAUGAGUGGGCCGCGCCGUUCCUGGGCGUGAUCGGGAGCCCGGACCCCAACGGGCGCCAGCUCGACGGCAUGGGCGGCGGCAUCUCCAGCCUGUCCAAGAUCUGCGUGGUCGGCCGGCCGACGCGCGGGGACGCCGACGUCGACUACACCUUUGUCUCGCUCGGGGUCAAGAACACGCACGUCGACUACUCCAGCAACUGCGGCAACAUGUCGUCGGCCGUGGGGCCGUUCGCCGUCGACAGCGGGAUGGUGGAGGCGCCGGAGGGUGCCGUCGACGAGUUCACGGUCCGCAUUCAUAACACAAAUACCGGCAAGAUCAUCCACGCCAAGUUCCCUGUCGCCGAUGGCGAGGCCGUGGCCCACGGGGACUUCUCCAUCGACGGCGUGUCUGGCACCGCGGCGCCGAUCCGCCUGGACUUCAUCAGACCGGCUGGGUCGCGCACGGGGAAGCUGCUGCCAACCGACAACGUGACAGACGUGUUCGAGGGGGUGAAGACGACCUGCAUCGACGUCGGCAACCCAUGCUGCUUCGUGCUUGCCUCGGACCUCGGUGUCGACGGGCAGCUGAGCCCCCAGGAGAUCGAGGACCAUCCCACCCUGACGCACACCCUGGACAAGAUCCGGCGGCAGGUCGGCGUCCGGAUGGGGCUUGCGGCUUCGCCGGAGGAGGUGCCUGGCAGUGUGCCUAAGAUUGCCUUCGUCUCUCCGAAUCCAGACUCGGGGGAGAGCAUAGUCGCCCGUGCGAUGUCUGUUGGCCAGCCUCACAAGGCGGUCCCCGUCACCGUUGCGCUGGCUAUCGCGGCGGCCUCGAAGCUACCUGGUAGCACGGUGUCCGAGUGUAUGAGCUCGGUGCCUGGGGAGGCAGGGCUGGUCAUUCAUCAUGCGAGUGGCACGUUGCAUGUUGACGCGAGGUAUGAUGGGGAGGGGGAGCUUGAGAAGGCAACUGUAUUCAGAACAGCGAGGAGGCUGAUGGAAGGUAGAAUAUUCUGGAAGUAG